GAGAAAGCUUCGAGGCGACUGAGGCGGCGGCGGCGGCACGACCUACCCGGAGGAGGAGGGCGUUCCCCAGCUUCUACGGCCUGCCACGGACCCUAGCCCCCCCCCCCCCGCCGCCGCCGCCUCACCCCGGAGAAGAGGAAGCCGCCGGCGUCGAGAUCCUCAGGUUGGCUGGAUAUGGAUCUAAUUCUUCCAUUUAAAAUUGGAGAUUUUGCCAAGGCAAAGUGCUUUGAUGAAGGUUUCAAAGGCGCAUGGUUCCGCUCGAAGAUAAAAGAUAUGCGUGUCACAGAAUCUGGGCAUCUGGAGUAUUACUUGGAGUAUAUUGACUAUACUGAAGAAGCCAACGAAUGGAUUGGAGUCUUCCAAAAGAACCCAUUCAACCAGGCAUGCCUGGAAGGGAAAUCAAAUGGCAGUACUGAAAUAAUGUUGCGUCCUUCCUUUCCUCAGUGGUAUAGGGGGCAACAGGUUCCUAAGCACUUUUCAAAGAGCGAGGUGAUAGCACGUGUUUGUGAUACCUGGAAAGUAGGUGAUUGGGUUGACUGGCAUAAUAAAGAUUGUUACUGGACUGGGCAGAUUAUUGAGUUGACCAGUAAAACUGUGGUUGAGGUAAAGUUCUUGGAUCAUCCCAUGGGUGAAGGCGAGCAAUGUUCUGCAAAGAAAAAGGACCUGAGGCCUGCGCUUGAUUGGUCCAUCAUUAAAGGCUGGACCGUACCUCUUUCGGCGGCAAAAGGGAAAAGCUGGCAUGCUGCUCAUCUGGUUCAUCCUAAAUCUGAUGUAGAAGAGAGGAGCAGCACAGAUGAAGAUGAAGCUCUGGGAUCUUCAUCAACCAUCAAAACACAUUCGUCGGAGAGAAACAUCGUAUCUAAUAAGCUAAGCAAUAAGAGGAGCACCAUCCUGACAUCCACGGAAAAAGCGAUGGCGACACACAUAUCACCAGACCCCAAUCGACGGCGUACCCGCAGUUCCUGUGGGCUACUGGUAUCUCCAUUGGAGCCUGCCACCGUCGAACUGAAUGGAAGCGGUUCCCGCCGGUACCCCUUUCGGGUCCGGAGGAACGCAGCAGAACAACAGAGAUGAAGGUGGUAACGCUGCACACUUGAUGACCCCCACGGGGGGUUUAUGGGCAUUAUGAGAUAUACUUAGUAAAGUGGUCGGACCCUUCCCUGGACCCUGCGCAAGCGGGAGCUACAUGCACCAGGUUGCCCUUUUUUUUUAUGAGAUAUACUUAGUGAGUAUAUACCACAUCAGCUCUAUAUACGCCGAAAAUGGCCGAUCUCUGUAUUUGCGGAAUCGGCCAUAUAGGCAGCAGAGGGAGACUUUUUGCGACAUUUUUUGUGAGUAUUUGGGCCAUGAUCCAUUGACUGGCUGUUACUCGGCAGAAGGUGCAAACAUGGGCUGGUUGUUACU